AUGACCAAUCCCAAUGGCUCCAUUAUCCCGAAGAUUCCUCUUUGGAGACCAUGGUCCCGCACGAACUGGACCUCCUCCGACGACCGCGUCCGGGGCGGGUCCUCAUAUUCCAGCCUCAGCAUUCUCCCGAACGACACGGUCCAGUUCCACGGACAUCUGGACAUCACCACCCUCGGCGGAGCAGGAUUUGCCUCGCAGCGCACAAGGGAUGAUUUAUUCUGGGAUCUGUCCGACGCCGACGGGCUCGAGCUGGACACCGCCGGCUCGGACGGGAAAGUGUACACUCUAGUCCUUAAAGACAAGCUACUGCCAAAGCCGCCUGAUGGACGUGAACAGAGUACGGUUAGCUGGGAGUACGACUUCCGAACCGCGGAAAAGGCAAUUGUGAGAGUGGAAUGGGGGAAUCUACGAGCAACGUAUCGCGGGAGGGAGAUUGAUGCGGAGCCGCUGGAUUUAAAGCAUGUCCAACGGAUUAGUAUUAUGAUUCGCAGUUUCUUCGGGACACAAGAAGGCGCCUUUUCGCUGGAUAUUGCCUCCAUCGCUGCGUUCCGUAGAGACGUAUGA